AUGCGACGGGCGCUGCUCACCCUCCUGCUGCUGCUCGCCCGCCCGCCGCCCGCCGCCGCCCGCCCCGCGCGCCCCGACGGCUCCGUCCCGGAGGCUGCGGCCGGGGCCGGGGACGAGGCGCGGGGCCGCCCGUUCUGGCCGCCGCUGGCGCCGCCGCCCCCGGAGCCGUGGCGGGCGCGGCGGGACGAGCCGCCGCUCUCCAUCGACCUCACCUUCCACCUCCUGCGGCAUCUCCUGCUGCUCGCCCGCGCCCAGAGCCAGCGGGCCCGCGCCGACAGCAACCGCCUCAUCCUCGACGCCGUGGGGCGCUGA